ACUUCAGUGUUGGAUCUGAAGGAGAAGGCUUCCUCUCUGGCCUCCAACACUCUGAAGAAGGACAACCGGCUGAAGACUCUAGAGAUCGGCCUGGAGCAGAAGAAAGAGGAGUGUGUCAAACUGGAGAACCAACUCAAGAAGGCUCAGAAUGCAGGUGCAGAUUCCCACACCAGCUCUGAACUCUCCGAACGUAUCUCCGGCCUGGAGGAGGAAGUGUCCCAGCACAAAGAGGACGCUGCGAGGGCCCAGUCCGAGGUGGAGAGACUUCUGGAGAUCCUCAGGGAGAUGGAGAACGAAAAGAACGACAAGGAGAAAAAGAUCAACGAGCUGGAGAGAAACCCCUCUGCUUCUCAUCUGUGGCGUCCUCAACAGUCGGGAAAACAGGCCCCUCCCCCUGCUGCCUCUCAGCAGCCAAUGGGGGGGCUGGUGUGGGACUACCUGGGCACUUUUGCCUCAAG